AUGUCGAGCUCGCAAGGCGGAAGCUCACCCUCACAACUGCCAAAGGGUAGCCGCAACUGGUUUAAGUCCCGCCUAGGAAAUAUUAGCCAUCGACAUAAGCAGACCAACUUAUCUACAGAGCAGCGAGCUAAAGCUAAGGUUCCGAAAGCGAGCGCAAUCGCUCCCUCCAGCCAGGUGACAACACCUUCAACGCAGCCAUCCGCAACGAUCAGCACGACCCCAGCAACUUCGGAUUCUCCAGAUGCCUCAAUCCUCAAUUCAUCCCCACCAGCACCUUCCGUGCCAAUAGCAGAAUCCAGAACGACUUCAGGCCCCCCACCGAUACAAGAGCUGUGGAACGAGGCAUAUGAUGAAUAG